AUGGGGAACAGCAGAAGCGGGGCCCUGUCCCGGGAGAUCCUGGAGGAGCUGCAGCUGAGCACCAAGUUCACGCAGGAGGAGCUGUGCGCCUGGUACCAGUCCUUCCUCAAGGAGUGCCCGGGCGGCCGCAUCACUCGGCAGCAGUUCCAGGGCACCUACGCCAAGUUCUUCCCCGACGCCGACCCCAAGGCCUACGCCGAGCACGUGUUCCGCAGCUUCGACGCCAACAGCGACGGCACCCUGGACUUCAAGGAGUACGUGGUGGCCCUGCACAUGACCACGGCCGGCCAGCCCAGCCAGAAGCUCGAGUGGGCCUUCUCGCUCUACGACGUGGACGGCAACGGGGCCAUCAGCAAGAGCGAGGUGCUGGAGAUCGUCAUGGCAAUAUUCAAAAUGAUCAGCCCCGAAGACGCCAAGCACCUGCCACACGAUGAGAACACCCCUGAGAAGCGAGCGGAGAAGAUCUGGGGCUUCUUUGGGAAGAAAGACGAUGAUAAACUCACGGAGGAAGAGUUCAUCGAGGGGACCCUGGCCAAUAAGGAAAUUCUGCGACUGAUCCAAUUUGAGCCUCAAAAAGUGAAGGAAAGGCUAAAGGAAAAGGAAAAGAACCCCUGA